UAACAUUAACAUUAAUCACAAAAUCAACCCAAACCCAGAAAUACAAAUGCCACGUUGUUCUUCCUCCUCCAUCGCGGAGGAAGCAGAUGCCGAAAUCGGAGUCCAGGAAGUGGUGGACAUGCACCACCGUAGAAACCCUGUUCAUGAUAAGGAUUAAACAACACCAUCACACAGAAGAAGAAGAAGAAGAAGAAGAUAGUGGUGGUAUGCUGAUGGUGAUGGACUGGUGGAGCAAUUUGCACAUUCAAACAGGGAUCAACAAGACAGUUGAAGAAGAAGAUCAAGUUUCAGAUAUCCAUGGCCAUGAAAGGACAGGGUAUUGCUAUUGGAAUCGACCUCGGCACCACCUACUCCUGCGUCGGAGUGUGCAAGCAGCAUGCUCGUAUCGAAAUCAUCCCCAACGACCAGGGCAACCGGACCACCCCCUCUUACGUUGCUUUCACGGAUUCCGGGCGCUUGGUCGGCGAUGCCGCCAAGAACCAGGUCACCAGGAACCCCACCAACACCAUCUUUGAUGCGAAGCGUUUGAUUGGAAGGAAAUUCUCUGAUGCUUCAGUUCAGACUGACAUGAAGCUAUGGCCAUUCAAGGUCAUUUCUGGUACUGUCGACAAGCCCAUGAUUGUUGUUAACUACAAGAGUGAGGAGAAGCAGUUCACUGCUGAGGAGAUUUCCUCCAUGGUCCUCAUGAAGUUGCGUGCGAUUGCUGAGGCUUAUCUUGGUUCCACUGUGAAGAACGCUGUUGUCACUGUCCCAGCAUACUUCAAUGACUCUCAACGCCAGGCCACGAAGGACGCAGGUGUCAUUGCGGGCCUUAAUGUCAUGCGUAUCAUCAACGAACCCACCGCUGCAGCCCUUGCCUAUGGCCUUGACACGGGGGCCGACACUGUUGACUUUGACAAGGACGUGUUGAUUUUUGACCUUGGUGGUGGUACUUUUGAUGUCUCUGUUCUAAACAUUUAUAAUGGUGUCUUUGAUGUUAAAGCCACUGCCGGAGACACCCAUCUUGGAGGUGAAGACUUUGAUAACAGGAUGGUUAACCAUUUUGUUGAGGAGUUCAAGAGGAAGCACGAGAAGGACAUUAGUGGGAAUCCAAGGGCUUUAAGAAGGUUGAGGACUGCUUGUGAAAGGGCAAAGAGGACUCUCUCCUCCACAGUACAGACCACCCUUGAGAUUGACUCAUUGUAUGAAGGCAUUGACUUCUACACUGCAAUCACUCGUGACAGGUUUGAAGAACUCAACAUGGACCUCUUCAGGAACUGCAUGGAGACUGUUGAGCGGUGUUUGAGGGACGCUGAGAUGGACAAGAGCAGUGUCCAUGAUGUUGUUCUUGUUGGUGGGUCUACUAGGAUCCCAAAAGUGCAGCAGCUGUUGCAGGAUUUCUUCAACGGGAAGGAGCUCUGCAAGAGCAUCAACCCCGACGAGGCUGUUGCUUGUGGAGCUGCUAUUCAGGCUGCUAUCUUGACCGGUGAGGACACUGAGGCAAUUACAGAAUUUAUAUUGUGUGAUGUCACACCUAUUUCACUUGGUGUGGAAACGGUUGGUGGUGUCAUGAAUGUACUCAUUCAAAAGAACCAAACGAUUCCGUUUAAGAAUGAGCGGGUUUUCUCGACCUACUCAGACAAUCAGCCUGGUGUGUCUAUCAAGGUGUACGAGGGUGAGAAAACCUGUAGCAGGGAUAACUACUUGUUGGGUAAAUUCGAGCUUUCUGGCAUUCCUCCUGCUCCAAAGGGUGUUCCUCAGAUCAAUGUUUGCUUUCAUAUUGAUAACAAUGGUAUCUUGAAUGUCUCUGCUGAGGACAAGACUACAGGGAAUAAGAACAAGAUCACUAUCACCAAUCACAAGGGAAGGCUCUCUAAGGAGGAGAUUGAGAAGAUGGUGCAGGAGGCGGAGAAGUACUAUUCUACAAAAGAUGCUCCAGAUCAACACUUGAAGGCACAGGUAGAACAUGAUACUUUCCAUCAUAUUACAACACCAUGUGUCCCAACUCCAUCAGGUGUAAAGCCAGAACCAUCAGAAUACAAGGUUUCCUCAACUCCAUGUGUGGAGUCCCUGAAGAUAAGAGGUGUCCCAACUCUAGGUUCACUAUGCUUUGACUCCACCCUUCCACAUGUAGAUGAGUUAGUCUCUUCUGGAAAAUCUGGGUCCUCCAAUUCUACAAAAGAAGCCUCAGAUCAACACUUGGAGGCACAAGUAGAGCAUCAUAUUACAAUAACAACCUCUAGUUUACAGUCAUUCCCUUCUGGAAACUUGGGGUAUUAUUUUAAAUCUACAGAAGAGGCUUCACAGAAGAUUUUAAAGGGACUAAAUGAUGAUAAUUGCUAUGCAAUUGGAUUGUAUGGAAAGAGGGGCUCCGGUAAAACAACAUUAAUCAGAGCUGAGAUGGAAGAGUAUGAAAAGAUUUAUCAUACAGUGAUAUUUCUCACUGUGUAUGAGAAUCAAGAUAUCAAGAGCAUUCGAGUGGGAAUUGCUAGCUCCUUGAACGUGUUUGAAAAAGAUGACAGUGAUGGUGCAAGAAUAGUGAAAAUAAUUUCAGCAUUAGAAAGGAAGGAUAGAACUACUCUAGUCAUCUUGGAUAAUUUUCCAUCAAUGUCUAAACUGGAAGAAUUAGGUAUUCCUUAUAAGAGCAAACAGUACAAGUUCCUUUUGACCACUCGCCAUGAGACAGACUGCACCUCAAUGGGAUGUGAUCAUUUGAUUCUUUUGAAGCCCUUAUCUAAUAAAGAAGCUUUUGCCCUGCUACAAAAACUUUCAGGUGCUGACUCCCAUAUUGAUCUAGUACGAGAUGUUGCUUUUAAAUGCAAUGGCUUGCCGGGUUUGAUUAAAGAUGUGGCAUCUUCCUUGAAAAAUAAGUCUACUGUGAAGUGGGAAGAAUCAUUAGUUAGUUUAAGCCACUCAACAGCCCGCUACCAAAUUUUUAUCAGCUUCAGAGGAUAUGAUACUAGAGAGAUUUUCACAAACCAUCUCUAUGAUGCUUUGUGUAAGGCGGGAUUCCAAACGUUCAAAGAUGAUCAAGCAUUGGAGGGCGGAGCCCCAAUUGAGAAACUUCUUGAAGACAUUGAAGAAUCAAGGUUUGCAAUUGUUAUUUUGUCAAAAAACUUUGCAGACUCUAAAUGGUGUCUUAAAGAACUUGUCAAGAUUCUUGACUGCCAGAAGAGGAAGAAACAAUUGGUUUUGCCAAUUUUUUAUGAAGUGGAACCAACCGACAUAAGGCAUCUAAAAGGGAGGUAUGGUGAAGCUAUGGCUGAACAUGAAAAAAAGUUAGCAAAAGGUUCUAAGACGGUACUGGAAUGGACACUGGCUUUGAGUGAUAUUUCUCAAUUGAAAGGAGAAUAUUUCAACAUUUCCAACUUGAAAGAAGAGCACUACGAGAGGGCCAGAGAUGAAUUUAUUGGAAAGAUCAUAAGAUUUGCCCUUAAUAACAGACAUCGCUUACAUAUACAAAGCAUGUAUAUCAACUAGAUGAAAGGCUUUAGAUUCUCUUAUGGUGAGGGCAACACAAGACACAGCCUAUUGCAAAAGGUUAGGGGAUCUUAAAUGGAGUUUGGUUGUAAGUGUUGGGUUUUUGGAUAUGAAUGUAAACAGGAAAAUUUGUUAUUUGAAGGAUAUAAUUUGAUUGAUCA